CAUAGUUAAGUUUUCCACUGGGUGGUCUGAGAAAGUUAUUUAUAUACACUUGACAGAACAAGAAGGUGUAGUAGCUUUUCUUCCCGAGGUGCCAAGAUGUUGCAGUGUACGAAAACAAAUAUGUUUUUGCUGGGCUGAGUGUGUUGCGUAAGACGAAAAGCUUUCUUCAUGGAAGGACAUAUAAACAGUACUCUACUCUCUCUUGUGCAUCCUCCACAUGAUUUGUACAGAUGUGAAUGUCCUCAUAUAGAGAGAUCUUUGUUUUGCCUUGCAAAGUAGAAUAUGGCUAACAGUGAUGACAUCAUAAUUGUUGAAGCACUUUACUCGUUCAAGGGUAAAAACAAUGAUGAGCUGUGCUUUAACAAAGGCGACAUCAUCACUGUGACUCAGCGUGAGGAAGGAGGUUGGUGGGAGGGAACUCUGAAUGACAAGACUGGAUGGUUUCCUUCUAAUUAUACUAAAGAAUGCAAGAUACAAGAUGGAGGACCUGGUUCACCAUUACAUGGAGACAGCCAGCUUUUGAGUCCAAAUCACUCUCAGCAGCAGCAGGUAUACAAAUUAACAAUAGUUAAAGAAAUAAUAGAAUCAGAAAGAAGUCAUCUAGCAGAACUACAAAAUCUGUUGGGGGGCCAUUUAAUUGAAUUAAGGAAGGCUGAUAUACUACUAGAAGCAGAAUAUUGCCAGUUAAUAGGAAACCUUGAAGAUGUGUGCUACUGUCAUACAUUACUAGUGAAAAGUUUGGAAGAACAGGCAGAGAGGCCAUCAAGAGAGCAGCGAAUUGGUGGUGUAUUUUUGUCAUUAGCACCAAAACUACAGGGUGUUCAUAAAGCUUAUUGUUCCAAUCAUCCCCGAGCUGUGUGCAUACUAGAAAAAUACAAGGAUGAACUCAACAGCUUUAUGGAACGGGAAGGUGCUGUCCGACCUGGCAUUAUGGUGCUCACAACAGCACUUAGUAAACCUUUCAGAAGGUUGGAUAAAUAUGCUGGAAUGUUGCAGGAAUAUGAACGACAUUUAGAGGAAGGUCACCCGGACAGAGGUGAUACUCAGCGUUCAUCGCAUGUAUAUAAAGACUUGGCUUCCUCGUGUAGUUCUAUAAGGCGUCAGAAGGAACUUGAAUUAGAAGUGGUCACAGGAAGAGUACAUGGAUGGGAUGGUGGAGAAACUCUGGGAGCUCUUGGGGAAGUGUUGAGGAUGGGUUCUGUAGCCCUCCUACCUGAUCACAGAGACCGGUACUUAGUUUUAUUCCCUACAACGUUAGUAAUGUUAGCUGUAUCGCCUAGGAUGAGUGCCUUUAUCUUUGAGGGAAACUAUCCCUUGAAGAGUAUUCAUGUUACUAAAUUAGAAGAUGGAGACCACUACAAGAAUGCUUUUGAAGUCACAGGUCCUUCAGCUGAGCGCAUUAUUGCCUUAUGUCAGACAAAGGAAGACCAGUUGCAGUGGGUUGAGGUUUUGAGUCAGCAGAGUCGAUUAGCCAGAUCUACCAAUUUCACCCCACAUAAAUCCUCCCUAACCUCACCCCAUGUAUCCUCAUCUCAUUCUCAAAUGGUGCCACGUCAGGGUAGCGUCUCCAGUGUUACCAGUAGUUCAGAGUCUCCUGUAAGACACUGCAGACCUCCAGGUGGUAAGGUUUGGAGUAUGUCAUGUUUAAAGCCCUCUCCCCCUUUAAGGCCUGGGCUAUCAGUUCGUGACGAGAAGAAAAAUCCCAAACAUGGCAAACGAAAAGAUGACAAGUGGCACGAAGAUGAUGCUUUGAUACUUCGAGUAAUUGAGGCAUAUUGUACUAGCGCAAAAACACGGUAUACUGUCAAUUCAAUUGACUUGGGCCAAGUGAGCCGAUCUUGUGGUGGUGGGGGGCUGGACUGCAGAGGAGGAACAGGAAAUCUACAGCAUCAUCCUCCUCCCAACUCCCCACCCCCACUUUCACCGUUUGGCGAUCUCCGGCUCAAUAAAGGCCAGCGUUCCAACUGGUGCUGUGGCCUGGCUAUUAAAGCUAUUAAGAAAAAUAUUGAUUUUGACUGUUAGAAAAGCUAAAGACAGAGUUAGAAUAUACAGUUUUAUAAGUAUUUGCAUACCUUAAAUAUGGGUACUAAAAGUACUUGCACUCUGCCCUUUAACUGAGAGUGGGUAAUGGAAUAAUGCAUGCUUGUAGGUUAUAUAGUCAGUAAUAUAUUUGUCAAGCUGAAUUUAUGUGGGCCUUUUUCUGUAUAUUGGUGGCAUUUGAACUCUUGUUGUAUUUCCUGUUCCAUGAUGCCUUUUAUGAUAUUACACAUAUUACAAUGAAAGCCACCUUGUGGUAAAAAAAACUUUAUACAAUAUAUUUGUUAGUAGUACAAUAAUUGAAAUAUUUUUGUAUUUUAUAUAGCUUAGUUUCACUUACUGUAAACUGUAUAGAGUACACUAAGCAGAUUGCAGUGUCUGCUUCUUUAGAAAGAACUCGUAAAUAUCUUUGAAGUGGUGAUGAUAAAAGUCAUAUAAGCCCGGUGGUAUAUUAUUAUCAGUCAAGUCAGAUAAUAAGUGUACUUGUAUAUGAGUUAAAGUUCCCGUAUAAGAUGAUAAGGAAGACUUGAAGUCUGAAUUUUUUGCGUUUACUUAAAAGGUAUGUGAAGUACCUUUUGUAGACUAUACCAAAGCACUAAGUUUUCCAGGUUGCUUGGAGAAAAAGUACUUUUAGUUUUGAAACAUGGUGCCAUUAUGUAGCCUAAGAAAGUACGUAUAAUUCUUAAAAAUUAAUCUAACUACUAUAUGGUAUGCAUGACAUAAGAAAGAAUGGAAGAGAAAUGAAAAUAAAUAGUAGAGAUUUGACAUGGUAAAGAGUUGGGGUUUAGGCUAAUUUUUCUAGCUUUAUUUACAUUAUUUAUUAUGCCUGGUAAAUCAGGUUUUGAAAGUAAAAUUGGUUGCUAUUGUUUAUAAUGAAAAUAAAUAAAUUUAUUGUUUCUUAUAUUGGGGAGAUAGAUAUACUAAAGGUAACAUUUUCUUUAUGAAAAUUGUAAUAGUAGCUAUGUUUACAUAUUUUCUCACUCAUUUUCAUAUUAAGAAACUAUGAUUAGCAUUAAUGGACCAUUAUUUUAUGUGUAAGUUAUUUUGUUUUAAUUGAGUUCAUUUCUGUACUACAGUAAUUAGAAAGCCAUUUUUAUAGAUUGCAUGCUCUCUGUAAAUAUGGAUUUACUGGUAAAUAGCAGAUAAUAAUGGUGAAAUUUCAAAUUCCUAGCAUAUUAGUUGGAUUCCUGAUUUUGUCUUCCAAACUGUGCUAAUGUCACAGUUUUAAAAGUGCAUUUGCUCUGUACUAAGACUUUUGUUAACUGUACCUACUGUAAUAUGGUAUGUUGAUAAAAAUGGUAGCUAUGUAUUUUGUUUGUAAUAUAUUUUGAUAUUUUGCCAAAAAGCUCUUGAAGGGGUUCUGGUUCACAUUGUACUCAGUAUUAUAUCACUUGAAGCCAGUUAUUCUCUGAAUAAUAUAUUUGAUGCAAUACUUUGUUUAGCAUUUACUUUUUUAUUAUGUGUUAAAAGAAAGAUAUGAGAUUAAGUUAAAAGUAAAUUUUUAGGAUCCAUAUUGUAUUUUUCCCUGAAAAGUGGUGGCCACAAGAGUAUAUGGCAAUUGUUAGUAAUUGGAAGCUGUUGGAGCAUCAGGUUCGUAACUGGUAAUGUACUUACUGUUAUUUCUCCAUAUACAGUAUUUUUUGUUUUUUUGAGGUAAGUAGAACUACAUUUGAGGUAAUUUUGCCAAGCGUUUUCUGUAUAGAAAAGAUUUUUUUUUUAUGUUAGAAUAAUUCAGAAAUAUAACUAGGGCUUGGCAUGAUAAAGGGUAUGAUCUCUCUAUAUUUGUUAUAAAACAUUAUUACAUAUUAAUGUAUUAUAUUUUUAUUGCACAAUAAAAAAAAAUGAACAGUUAUUGCAUCUUUGUCCUAAAGGUGAAUAUUGCUGGCAGUGAAAAUGAGGAAGGUUAUUUUCUUUCUGAGUAUCAGUAACAUGAGAAUCUUUAUUAACAUAUGAAAAAUAUUUCAUGUAAAUCAGAAUAUAAAUAUUAAUAUCUUAUUUCUCUCAUGUAUUCACUUAUACUACUAGUUAUUGAGAAGUAAAGCAUUAACUUUGGAAUUGAUAGGUGAAGCAGUAAAUGCCAACAUGAAAGUUGACACUGAAUAGUAUGUUCUGAGGGCUAAAAAAUUAUCUCAUGCAAUUUAUGCAGUAAUAAAACAAUUAAGUCCUUAUAUGGCUGACUGCGCAUUUAUUGUCAUAGUAGAAUGGUUGGAGUUUUACAGUUUCUUCUACAUUUACUUUAAAAAAUUUGUAAAAAUCAAACAGUAAUUAGCAGGAAGUUAGUUGAUAAUAAUCCUUCUGAUGAAAAUGCUAGAAGCCCUUACAGAUAGAUCCUUAUAAAUGGGAAGUCUGACAGCUCUAACUACAGGUGUUUUUUCUAGCAGUUCAGCACUUGAUUUCAGUACCCAACCAGAGUGUUAAAGAGAUGUUUGUUUCUUGGAAAUGUGAAAAUAGCAAAAAAUCUUGUAUUUUGAACACUCCGGAUUGCUAUCGAUACCCCAAACAACCUAUCCAUGUUAUAUAUAUUUUAUGUUACAGAUUAUGUAUCGUUCAUAUGUAGUAAAAUGUAAGGUACUACAUACAUACUAUCUUAAGAAUAUCAUUAAUCCACUAAAUACUAUCUUAAGAAUAUACUAUCUUAAAAUAUCAUUAAUCCAUAAAUUAUUGACCUCAUUUAAGAGUUAAACAAAUCUUGAUAGCAUUGAGCUCUGUAGAUUAGAGCACCUAUAUGCAAGGCAUUCAGCAUCAGUUCAGAUUUGAUUAGGCAGAUCAUAAGUUGUAGAUUAACAACACCAUUAUGGUUUUACCUGUACAGUAUAUAAAGAUCUGUUUCUUUAAUUAACUUUCAAUGUUUAUAUAAAGAACUUGAUGUUAUAUAAACAUUUCAUCGUUUUAAUUCACUUUUCACAAUUCUAUAUUUUGUAAUUCUGUCAAAUUGGAGUACUUCCAAAAAAGGUGUUAAAAAUAAAUUUGUUCAAAUUCAGCUAGGUAAGCUUACAGUAUUCUCAGUACAAUAAUGCCCAACAAAGUGCUGAAGUUAAAUAUUAUGUAGGUAUCUGAAUUUCUUAACUCUCUCUACACCCCAAACUGAAAGGCACAUGCUCUGCUGAAAAAUCAGUAGAGAAUGCCUUUCAGUUUGGGGUGUAGUGAAUUUAGAAAUUUAAGUAAAACUAAAUAAUAAGUUCAGCACUUUGUUGGGCAUUAUUGUAUUGAGAAUAUUGUAAGCUUAUCUGACUGAAUUUGUGUUAAGUUGUUUGGAAGUGUUUAGGCUGUAAAACGUUUGAGGACAGAAUAGUGGAAGGGAUCAUCAAAAAUCUGGCUCGGUAUAAUAUAGGACCAACCUAAAGGUAAUUUCUAUUACAUUUUAUCCACAAAUGCUUCAUUUUGUUUAUGAGCUACUAUUUUGUAAUUACUGCUUUUUACAGCUUCAGUAGUUGUAGAAUUUAAAAUUCUUUAAACUCACAGACCUUCAUUUAUUUGGUGGUGGCAUGAUGUGUAUAUUGUUUACUACUUAGGAAUAUGGCACAUGUAGUAGUUAAUCAUAUGUAAUUGACAUAUUCUACUGCACUGUGUAUGUACUUACCUAGUCUAUUCAAGCAUGGUAUUUUUUCAACUGUAUUAAUAAAGUAUGUUAAUUUAUGUGCAGUGCAUCAAAGAGAUGGACCUGUUUUGAUUCAUUGCACUGGAAAGUAUGGAUGUGUUGGCAUGAAAGUGUGAUUUUUUUGUAUAUAGAAUAAUUAUAUAAUUUUUAUAUCCUGCCAUUUGGUAAACAUCGUUCAUUAUUAACUAUAACUGUAACAUCCUACAGUUCAUUAAGUAAUUCUUGAAGAGGAAUUUGAUGAAAUACUGUCGUUAUUUGCUAAGAGCUUAUCCAUAGCAUAAACAAAGAGAAUUUCUCGGUCAUAACCUUUUUGUACUUACACUGCAAUUUCUAAUGACAUUAUUAUACUUUUUCUUCCUGGCUGGCUAACUAGCUAACCGUCUGGCAAAAUCAGUUUUUCAGAAAAUCUGUUUCAAGAAAUGUUUUGUUUCCUUUUAAUUCUUGAGCGGUUUGAAUGCUCUUUUUGAAGGAUUUUUAGAAAGGUUGCAGUAUUUUGAUACAGUAUAAUUUUUAGUAAAUUACAGUGAGGUUAUAUGUUAUUCAAGUGAAGAGGAUUCAUGUACUAUUAUAGUUUUAUUUUCCCAUGUUCAAUAUUGUUUCCAUUUAAGAAACCAAAAGAUGUAUGUAUUGUAUUUUAUAACCUAAGUGUAAAUUUUGCAAAUGUUCAAACUUCUUACAUUGUUUUUGUGAUGAUCUUUACAUAUUGCUGUAUGCUUUACUUAUUUUUAUUACAUUAGAAGUAGGUGUGAAA